CGAAUGCACUAUAUAAACGACGUGGUCAUAAUAUUUCAUACAUGGUUUCAAGAUCCCAUUUGCAAAUACAAAUAUAGUCAGGGUCGCGUCGUGGGAUGUUCACCGGAAAUGUGACAUGGGUAAAAUUUGGUAGUUUAUCUUUUCUUUCGAAUUGUUUUACAUUGUCGACCACCAGAGAUGGCAUUUUAUGGCGUUUAAAUGUUUGCCUGGUCAUAAGUAAUAAUGUAUCUUGAAAAAGAAUUAGUUACGUGUGAUUUUAUUAUUUAAAGUGAUAUUAUUACAGUGACUACAUAUAGUAAUAAGAAUGUUUUGUUUAAAAUCAUACUUUACAAAAGAGAAAAUGAUCUCAUCUACUAACAUAAAUAUGACCAGUCAAAUAAAACAUAUCUUGCAUUGCCUUCUUCUCCUUUUCAUUCUGAGUGUAAUGGAAUAUUCUACACUUACCGGAGGUUUAAUGGUUUCUGCAAAUCCAUGGCAAAAAUAUGGAUUUUUUUUUACGUUACUAUUAUACAUGUUCAGAAUAGUAGUAUUUUUAGCUUUACCACAAGCGCUAUUUAAUUUUGUUGGAUUGUUGGUUUAUAACGCAUUUUCAGAUAAAGUGACGCUCAAGAGUUCUCCACUUUUAUCACCUUUAAUUUGUAUCAGAGUAGUCACCAGAGGAGAUUAUCCUGAGUUAGUAAAAAGGAACGUGGAGCGAAAUCUUAAAACGUGUUUAGCUACAGGUUUAGAAAACUUUUACAUUGAAGUCGUGUCUGAUAACUCAAUAUGCUUGUCAGAAAAUCAUAGAAUAAGGGAAUUAGUAGUACCAAAGAAAUAUAAGACAAAAUCGGGAGCACUUUACAAGUCUCGUGCAUUGCAAUACUGUUUGGAGGAAAAAGUGAAUAUCUUAUCAAAAAAUGAUUGGAUAGUACAUCUGGAUGAAGAAACUAUUUUAACACCAAAUUGUAUAAAAGGAAUACUGAACUUUGCUUUUGAUUCAAAAUAUCAUAUCGGACAAGGAUUAAUAACAUAUGCCAAUGAGGAAAUCGUUAAUUGGAUAACUACAUUAGCUGAUGGCUUCCGAGUAGCUGAUGAUAUGGGAAAAUUAAGACUACAAUUUAAUGCGUUUCAUAAGCCGUUGUUUAGUUUUAAGGGAUCCUACGUAGUUAUACAGUAUGAUACAGAAAAAGCGGUAUCCUUUGAUAACGGUCCAGACGGAUCCAUAGCUGAAGACUGCUAUUUUGCAAUUAAGGCCUCCAGUAUGGGCUACACCUUCAAUUUCAUCGAUGGCGAAAUGUGGGAAAAAUCACCGUUUACCAUCAAAGACUUUAUUCAACAAAGAAAGCGGUGGCUUCAAGGAAUAUUAUUAGUUGUUCAUUCAAAGGCUCUACCUUUAAAAUCAAAGUUCCUUCUAGCAAUGUCUUGCUAUGCUUGGGUUACUUUGCCACUUGCAAUGUUUAACUUAAUAUUAGUACCUUUAUUCCCAAUAUCUUCAUACUCACUUAUUGACUUUCUCAUGACCUUUGUGGGAGGUGUAAAUCUUUAUAUGUUUAUAUUCGGAGUAAUUAAGUCUUUUAACGUAAAAAGACUUGGACUGUUUAAAUUUAUAUUAUGUUUAAUUGGAUCUGUUGCAGUUAUUCCAUUUAAUAUUAUCAUGGAAAAUGUUGUGGCUAUUUGGGGAUAUUUCGGAAGCAAACAUAAAUUUUAUAUCGUUCAAAAGGGAGAAAGAACAGAAAGUGUUGUUUAAGUUUUAUGCAAAUUUGUGCACUUAUUUGUUCAUAUUAGUAAUUUUACCAUUAUAAGUCGUAAUAAUGGCAAACUGUGAAAUUUUCCAAGGAACUUAAAGCUAAACUUAGUUUACCUGAGUUUACUUUUGUUGGGUUUAAGUUUCUUAGAUAACUGAUGCGAAAUUCCAGAUUGCAAAGAAGGACAAUCUAUAUAUAAUUUUGAGUUCCAUCAGAAACUUAAAAUUGUAAUUAAAAAUAGUGUUGGCAAAGAGCAAUUAUGUUAAAAAAUAGUAUUAAUAAAAUAAAUCUUGGAAUAAAAAAACUUUCUAAGAAAACCCUAAAGUACUUAAGAAUCGCCAUUUUUAGUAGACAUAAAAAAAAUUUAAAAAAAGUAAAUAUUUCCAAUUUAUUUUUUAUUCGUGGUAUAAUUACAAAUUACAUCAGUGACUUUUACAUAUAAUGUAUUAAAUAUCUAUCUAUUUAUCUAAAAAUUAUUAUAUGGGUUACUAUUAUUACCCUGAGUAAAAUGCGUAAUUUUCGAAAAAGAUAUAUAUAACAAUAAACAUGUUUUUCAGAUACAAUUUUUUUAAAAUUAUUAAUUUAAUAAAAACAUCAUUUCAAAAUGGAUCAUACUUAAAAAGUUAAAAAAGUUCUUUUCUUUAUUUUACAAUGAGUAUUUUCAUUAGUUUUGUUAUUAAACUGGCUUAAAACCCUAAGUAAUAUACUCGAACUCUUGCCCUGAGUAAGUCAUCUUCAAGCUUUACAAAAAGAGGAAUUUUGACACUCACAGAAAAAAUCUAUUAGAAAUAAAUACAUAUAUUUAAAAAUAUAAGUUAUAAGAUUCCUUUUGUGUUUACAAGAUAAAAUAGUUCAACCUUUAUAAUUUUUGGAAGUUACGGCGCAAUUAGAUCUUAAGAUUACUGUUGCAGGUAAAUAUUUUAUAUCUUGACAUUUUGAAAUAAUUUGAAAACUUAAAAUAGCUAUAUAUAUCUGAAGAACUAAAAAAAAAAUUAAAAAUGGCCGAAAAUAAUUUUUAUAAUAGAGAAGGAGAAAAUAUAACGUAAUAGCUAACUUAUUUUCACAUAUCACUUAUUUUCCAGACACCACAACUUUCCAAUCUUAAAUGGCAAUUGGCUUGUGGUAUCUUAUUUGAAAGCUCUUAAAAAAUGCUUGUUCGUAUUCUUUAGCUUCUUUCCUUACUUGUUACGAUAACAAUUGCCUUUUUCCAUAUUUCCGGUAAAUGACAUUGCUUUAAACAUUAAGUGUAUAUUAUCGUGAUGUCGCGUUUUACAUUAUCCGUGAUAAUUUUUACCAUUCUGUUGUUUAUGUUAUCGUAUCAUGGUGUUUUUAUUUGUUUUUUAAUAAGUUCCUGUAUUUCGUCUUAUAAUCUUGGCUUUCCUGCUAUUGGUAGUAUGCUUGGUGGACGGUUUUCUAUGUAAUAAAAAUAGGUAAUUUUAUUGUAAUUUAGCUCCUGAGGGUUUGGGAAGUUAUCUAAAAGGAUCAUCUGCUAAUUUGUUAAAGAACUCACUUUUUUUAUAAGUAUACGUAGUAUGUACUAGUAUGUAAUAGUACCUAAUAAGUGUUUCUAUCUUUAACUUAAAUCGUUAUUUCAUUUUUAUUCAGCAUCAUUCAGCGUUUUUAACGUCCCAGCGUUUUUGAUUGCGCUCUCCAAAAUUUUGUUUUGUUUUCGUCGUCUUGAUUAUUAAAAAAAUAUUUCACAUUUAGUUUCUAGAAUCAAAUAACUCUUUCUUGAUUCUUUUGGACAAAUUAAUCGCUAUUUUUUUUACUUGUGGGCUAUGGCGUAACUAAGUAUUUGUAUUUUGCCUAUAUUUUGUUUUUCUUAGACUGUGUAUGGUAGGAGUAGCGAUUUUAGUUGUAAUAAUUUUUUUAGGGCUUUUGUGAUUGUAAUUUACAUCUUCAAGAUUUUCUUUUGUGUUCCAAUAUCCGGCACCUAUUGUUGGAACGUUUUUCCUGAAAAUUGGAUCCUUAAUUAUGAUUAGAAAAUGAGCAUACUUUUGUGGAAUUUUGACUAGGUGGCCUAUAAUAAGAGAAUAGUAAAACUUUUUUUUUAUUCUCGUUUCUAUAGAUUUUAAAGUUUUAGAUUUUUAAAGUCGUGUCCGGUCUUUAGAAGGUUUACCAAGCUACAUCGAUAAUAUUGUUUUGCUUAAAAAUUCAGCAAAUUCAAUCCUUUUACGUUAGAUUAGAUAUCCUUUUGCGAGUUCUAGCUAGUUAUGUUCAGAUAGCUGCUUAAAUCCUCCAGAUUAUGCGAUGGUACCUAAGAGUAGCCCAAUAGCUGGGUUAUUAUUUAGCUUCCAGUUCGUUUUUUGGUAAUAUUAAAUAUAUUAACUACUUAAUAAAUACUCGAAAAUACUCCAAAGUUUCUUAAGCUUAUCCAUGACAUUUUGGGGCUUUAGGGCUAACUGUCUUUUUAAAAGCAGAACCUUAAUGAGACCUGUAUUCCCAGCCCGGGCUCGUUUUGAAUCAUUUUUAAAUCUCAAUAGGUUCAGCCUUUCAAUUUUCACUAUAUACAAGUUUUGGUCAAGACGACAAAGAAUGAGAUUCUUCUUGAUUUCUAUGGAAAUUAUGAACAUUUCUUAAAUUAAUAAUUAAAAAAUUAUUUGUUUUUAAAUUACGUCUUACAUUACACCUCAUCAAAUAUUACAUUUCAGGUAGCUCUGCAAGGUAUCAUUAAAAAGCGUAUUUUAAGAGCGUUUAGAUAAUUUAUCACAAGUUGACAUUUAAAAAUUAAAUAGCAGUUUACUAUAAAAAAGUUGGGAUAGCUGGGAGUAAAGGGAUUAGUGAAAACUCAUUAGCUAUUACAUUAUUUUGGUUUCUCUGAUUUGUUCUUUUCGGUUUUUUUGAUUUACCUAUUCGAAAUUUUCGAACUGUUAUUAGAUAAUACACGUUCUUGCAGUCCAGUAAUUUUCCAUAAUUUUCUUUUCCAGUCAUAUUCCAUAAUUCUUUAGUACAUAAUAUUUAUGGAAUUUACAUUGAAAAGGAAAGUAUUUACCUACCACAUCUACAUGUCUACCUAGUUAUUUUGGGCCGUAACAGAAAAUAAAAGUAUCGUUUAGCUUGUAGCUUAGAAAGUAUGUUAUUUCAGUGAUGAGCACGUGAACAAUGUAGACAUAUACAAAAAUUGCUCAUUGUUUAUGCAUAGACAAUGUAUCGUAAAUAAAAUUCCGGACGUAGAUAAUAUAUCAAUAAUAGUUGUAUUUUAUUUAUAAUAAUUUACAAAAAACAAAAACAAAAUCUUAUUAAAUAUAUAUCAAAAUACUAUUAAAUAUCAAAAUGUAGUAAAUUUUAAAUAACUCCAGUCAAAAUUUACUCAAAAAAAUAAUUCUACCGUAUUUUCUGAAGAGUUCUUUUACCACAAGUCUCAUCAAAACUUAAUAAAUAUGUAGAAGCUUUUUUAAUCUGUCAAACGUUAAUCUAUUGCGUUUUGCGAUAUGUGUAUCAUUUCAGUUACUCUUUUGAUCUCUGCACAAAGUUGAUAGUAAUGGACGAUCUAUUUUCGUUAUCCUCAAAAAUACUAGAGAGUUUUCUAUAUUUUUUUGUUUUAGUAUUUUAAAAAUAUCUUACUAUCUUUAAAUAACUACUAUCUUUAUGAUAUGCAACUUAUUCCACUUAUACAUUUACUUAUAAACCACAUAUCCCAUAACUAACUUAGGUAAGAUAAAUUGGUAAAUUUCUUUUUUCUGUUCGGCUUUAAGUUUAGCUUUGUGUUUACAUAGUUCACAUUGUCUACGA